AUGUCUGAGUUUGGUCUUAUUUGUAGCCCGUUUCGUUCCACCACCAGCAUUGAAAACAUAUCCGCUGGACGACGCUCUCGACGACGAGCUCCCUUUCCAUCUCGUCAAGACCACUCAUCCAAGUCAUUAUAGGGCGUAAUCGACCGUAGCCACCCCUUGGUACCGUCUACAACUCUGGAGGUCCUGGCGCUUACAUAACAAGGGUGCUCACCCGCUGGAAUGGCCCAACAGCGACCAAGACAUAGAGUCAAUUCUGCUACCGAUUCCUCUGUCCUUACUCGUAGAAAGUUCCACUCUCGUCGUGGCCCUCAUUCGCGCAGGCGCAUAUUCACUGUUGCUAAUACAUACCCGACUUCGCGCGUGUCAGUCGCGUCAAGCGCUUCCCCACCGGAAUCAACGCGAGCCAUCCUGGUCCCUUUGCAAUUCAACCUUCGACGUCUUCCUUCCAGACUUUUCUCACAAUCGGAGCCAAAGGAGGACAUGCAAGAUGUAGCUCAAGUGGGAACAAAGCGGAAACGCGUCCCGAGUGGAAAUGAGAAUACUCAGGCCACCCGUGGCUCGCGUACGGCUGGACAUCGAGUCAAAAGACGCAGAGCACUUCGUGACUCCAGUGACGAAGACUCAAGCGAGAUGGAGGUAGACGGACAAAAUUACUGGGAGGUUUCUGACAAUUCAGACGACGCAGGCACAUUGGACUCUUCUGCAAAUUACCUGAUAAACGAAGCACCUCCUCGGAAUCUUCUUCGUCUGCGCAAGGACGAACUCGUCCGUAUAUAUUUGCUAGCCGGCUUGACGGAAGAUGCCGAGCUCCUCACCAAACCUGAAAUCGUUGACUGUCUCAUUGCUGCUCGUGACGAUCUAGCUUCUCUUCCUCCUUCCUCGCCUUCUGGUCCUACCGACAGCGCUUCAAGCGAUUACUCCUCCGAUGGUGGAAAUAUCGCAGGAGGGGAAGAAACUGACUUCGGUCUGAGAUUGAGAAAUGGGCUUGUGCGGCGUGCCACUGUGAAUGACCUGGGGAAGGUUGCUCAUCGAGCAGGUCCUGAGCGCUGUUUUUCCCUUGGAGAGAUUGACCGGAGGGAUAGAGCUGUCAAGAAGAAACCUUCCAUCGUUCUCAAAACAUCUGUACAGCCCAUCACGCGAAGGCGGGGUUUGAGUAAUGCUAGCUCGAAUCACUCAUCGCCCUCAUCUUCGGUCCAGCCCUCUAUGCUGCCUUCUCCGCCAGCCACUCGUUUACGUUCACGCAAAGCAUCGAAUGAACAUCCACCGCCCGCACCUUUAUCUUCAACCUCAAGCAAAGGUAAGGGUAAGGCCAAGCAAGUCGAGUUCAGUAACGAUGUUCAGGUGGAGCCCAUAUACCCGGACGUAGAUCAAGACAGUGACCUCACCGACCUCACCGAGGUAGAGGAAUCCUUUGUGCCAACAACGCCAAGCCCUCGGCGCCUACGUAGCAAGCCUGAAAAACGUCGUUCAAGCAGUCAAAAUAGUAGAUCGGGCGAUGAAGGGCUAUCAUUACCGGAUCUUGGGAAAAGGGUCACGCCCAUGCGGAAGGCAAAAGGAAGGGUGACUUCUUUGAAGGAAGAGAGCACAGAGGAAGAAGAUGAGCUAGAGGCUAGUGAUGCCGAUGACCAUACAGCGGAAGAGCUAGAUGCACCGUCACUGCCCACACCAAAGGCAUCGAGAGUCAGGCGAACGCCAAUGAAGCGGCGAUUGCGCUCGCGCCGAUCGGAGAUGCUUACGCCACCUAGCGAUGGUGAUGACGAAGGCAGUGGGGAUGAGAGUAUUGACAUUGAGCAAAGCGUUGAUGGCGCUUCAGAGGAAGAGGAAGAAGGCGAUGAUGCAACGGUGCGCCAAGGUAGUGAAGCCGGAGAUGAGGAUGAUCCUUUCUCUCAACCGAGGACAUUGAGGAGUGGGAAGGUGGUCGGAGAGGAUCUCUUCGAAGAUGGCUUACCAGAGCUUACAGACGAAGAUGAGGGUAGUUCUCAAGAUCAGGAUGCCGCAAGUAUUGAUCUCGACGCUGAAGGCGAUACGGAGGAGAGCGAGGAUAAUGUAGAGGAGGGUGAAGACAUACGGGAACUAAGCGAGGAUAGGGACGAGCUCAUGAAUGACGACAUUGAUCUGAGUGAGGCUACCACGAAGACACUUGUUCGUUUGCGGCGGGAUGAUCUCGUUAGGCUUUGCGAGGCUCGCAAUCUUGAUGCGAGUGGUACCAAACCUCAGUUGGCAGAGGCUCUCUUGCAAUGGAGAGACCAGCACUUGAAAGAAUUCGCACCAUCACCCUCCCCGACGCACACCCCUCGACCGCCCUCAACGACACGGCCCCGCCCAAGGCGGAGAACUCGCAGUAAGAGCACUAGCAAGACACCGCCAGUUCUCAUGCGUUCGCAACGGGUGCACAAGGACGGGCCCGUCACUCCCCCCUUAACAUCCCAUAACAAGGAAGCUGAGGCCGAACUUGAGCUCGACUUAGAAAGUUUGGGGCUGCAUGAUCGGGAGAUCCCACCAGAGAAACUGACCAAACUGGAAAAGAUUGGCAGUGGCGGAUUCAAGGAUGUCUUCAUCGGCAAGUUCAAGGGUAGGAAAGUGGCUAUUGCCGAAUUCCGUGGACAACUCAGUGCUAUGGACAUUAAGGAGCUCAAGCUACUUGGUGACUUUGAUCACCCUAAUAUUGUCAGAUUCCUUGGAGUCAGCAUACCUGAGAAUACCAAGGAGACACCGGUGAUGAUUGUCAGUGAGCUUUGUUCCAAUGGCGAUCUAUUUGACUACAUCCGGAAUGUUCCUCCGCCGACGCUUUACCGUGCAUUAUGCAUCAUGCUUGACAUCGCUCGUGGCCUUGCCUACCUUCACACUCGGAAGCCGUCUGUCAUUCAUCGUGAUUGCAAAUCGUCCAACAUCCUCAUCACUUCCAAGGGCGUUGCAAAGAUUACCGACUUUGGUCUUGCAAAGGUUAAACAAUCGACCAGGUCGAUGGUUCGCAGCUUAGUUGGCACAGUCAACUGGCAAGCGCCUGAACUCUGGCACGCUCAUCCGAAGUACAAUCAUAAGGUGGAUGUUUUCUCCUGUGCCAUGGUGUUCUGGGAGAUCCUUCAAUGGCACAACCCGGAGAAGAAGUUCCCAUGGGAGGGUAUGAACGAACACGCAAUCUAUGAUGCCGUCGGCGCCAAACAUCAAAGGUACGCUUGCUUUCUUGUUCUCAGCUUUCAUUUCAUCAGCACUAAAGAUGCAUUUGUUUCUCUUUCUACAGACCUUCUGUCCAAGGCUUGCGCAAACAAUGGUGUCCAGAGAUUGUCGACCUGAUUGAGCGUAUGUGGGCUCAAGAUCACCAAGAUAGGCCGACUAUGACCGAGGUCGUUCAAGAGUUGGAAAGGCUGGUUCAAAAGUACCGGUGAUUUGGCCAUUCCUUCCUCUCGUUCUUCGAUUCCUUCGUCUGUGCUGCUUUUGGAGGGACAAUUUCUUGCAUCCGGUCGGUCAUAUUCAUAAUCAGAAACUAUUUCCCACAUCUGCAUCCGCAUCGACAUAUUCCUUUGUGUGCAACUGGUUUCGUACCUUUCGUCUUGUAUCAAAAUUGAGUAGUCAGUUAUACAAUCCCUUGCAUAUGUCCCUAUCCUCAUUGUAUUUUAGUCCGCAAUGACAGUGCAUAGCUCCAUUUACGUUGCUAUUGUCCAGUCAGCAGUUGCUCGCAGAUAAUGGUACUCAGGGAGAUACCAGGAGACUUAAGUCUACUCUUCGGAUCUGGCAGCAUGGCAGUAAGCAAUUGCAGACGCCCAUUUGACCUUCUUGUGGCUUGCCUUCAUGAGCCACAGUAUCAAACAUAUGUCUAUAUGCUUUGUUUGCAGUUCAUAUUACGCCGAUAUCUACUGACCGAGCAGUCGCUUCUUCAAGA